AAAUGUCCGAAGGGAAAAUUCUGUCGCUCGAUCACCGAAAACGUUUACUUCUGAUUCUGAUUAUGGCCGCAUACGUCCAGGACUGUGUAAUGAUUUUUGGUGACUCCAUUACUCAAGGUGGAUGGGAGGAAGGAGGAUUUGGUGCCAAAUUGGCGCAUGCAUAUUCCCGAAGGUUUGAUGUGCUCAAUCGUGGUCUUUCUGGUUACAACACUGAUUGGGCAAUUCCUGUAUUCGAAAAGUUCUUGCUCAAUAAGAGGAACAGGAACAUGCACCCAAGGUCCGUUCGCUCGUUAUCUGGUUUGGAGCGAACGACUCUUGUAUAAAGCCACCCCCACAACACGUUCUAAUGAAUCUUGUGGAAACUGCUUGAAACGAUUGAGGUGAAGUAUCCGGAGCUGCAUCCAGAGAACAUGGAAUACGUGUUUCCGAGGUGGGACGAAAAUGACGCAGACGGCCGGUUAGGCCCAAUGAGGUUUCCCCGGACAUUGUCG